CUUGUUUUGUCAACUUCAUUAUUUGUGCGCUUCCGCGGGCACCUUGGAAACUCCUCAAAAAUACAAGUUGAAUAAAAUGCUUUAAAUAAAAUGAAUGAAAGUGAUGCAACUCCAGCUGAAUCACGUAAGCUUUCUCCUGAAGCCAUGGCGCAGCUAACGGAAAAGGAAAAAGGCGCAGGCUUUUGCUCGGCGACUUGCGUAGAUAAAGCUGGGGUCAUACACGAGAUCCAGAAACCACCCCUGAAGACUUCAGAUAUUUUUGCAGCCUGCAAUCUGCCGAAAAGAUUCGAAUACCCCCAUUGGUUCAACGGCUACGGCUCUCAAGUGAGCAAGCAACAUCCCUUCUACAGAACAUCGGCCAAUGAAUACGGGUGGUAUGCACCAGAUUGGCAUACAGUGCCAACCGAGUACUACCCCGCCGGCCAACGGUUCACCAACCAGCUGGCUGCGGCGGGCAUGUAUCGCAACUACAGCCUCAACACCGGCAUGGACCGUUCUGGCGUAUAAAUAGAGUCAAUUUUGCUUAUUAAAGUUAUGUAGGUUUCUUCUUCAGAUUUUAUACUGCACUAACUAUUACUAUUUUCGUCUCCUUUGUAUUUGCGGGCUACUGCAAGCUGAAUAUAGUAGGUAAAUCACUAUUUUCAGAUUAGUUACUAUACAUAAGUACCUACAUAAACCGCCUAUAUACGUCCCACUACUGGGCACAGGCCCCCAAUCCGCAAUCAACCGGAGGGAGAAUGGAGCAUACUUCACCACGCUGCUCCACUGAGGGUCGGUGGACUAGCUGGGACCAACGGCUUCACGUGUCCUCCAAACCACGGAAUCAUUUUACUUUUUCAGACAAUCAGGUGAUUCAAGCCUGAAAAGUCCUUACCAGACAAAGAUUAGUUACUACAAUGUUCCUUAUUGUGAGUGUUUUUUUAUAAUGUAAUGUACGUCCGUAAUGUAUUUGCUUGUUAUCCUGUGUAGUAACUGUGUAAUUAAGUAAAUACAACCUUACUAGGUAUUAAGGUACCUAUAAAAUACCUAUUGUAGUUAGGUACCUGACAGGAAACCUUCGAUAGAUUUUUUAUUGGAGAGUAUAUAAAAUUUUGUGCAAUAUUAUAGAAUAUUACAAAUUCAAUUUUAAAUUGUAUUCGUGACUCACUGCAAUAUUCAAUUUAAAUAUUUGUAGAUUGUUCCGUACAUCGUGUGUGAACUAUC